GUGGAAGAACUUCAAGAAGAAGUUGCUGAGCUCAAAGAAAAGCUCAAGCAUUCUGAAGAUGCUUCAGCGGCUGAAGUUGAGCGGUACAGUGCUGCUUGUGCGCGAUUGGCUGAGGUAGAGCGGGAAUACGAAGAAAUGAAACUGACGCUGAAAAAUACGCAAGGACUAUCCAAACAAUCGUCAGAAAAGCUUCAAGAAUCCGAGAAUUUCGCCUUACGAAUAAAACAACAGCUGGAAGAGUUGGAACGCGAAAAGAACGCUAAAAUACAAGAAAUGGCUGCUGAGCAUAAGGCUCAUCGAGAAAGGCUAGAACAACAUAUAGAAAAUAUGGAAAAAGCUAGGCAAGAACAAAUUGAAGAGUUAGAAAGACAGCGACACGAGAUGGAAGAAAUUUACCGUAAAAGGCUGGAAGAUGCCGAGAAGAAGCUCGAUGAAGCUAAGGAGAUGCACAGGAGCCAAUCAGCUUUGCUGGAAGUCGCCAUGAAGGAGAAAGAAAGCGCUCCAAAGCGAGAACUUGAACGAAUGCAAAAGGCUAAGGAGGAGUUCGAAGUGCUGCAUAAGGAACAGGAAGAGAAGCUGAACAGGAAGGACAAUGCUGUGAUGGUCGCUAGCCUUCAAGACAUGUCUGCGCUGCUAGAAAAUGAGGCGAAGAAACGUGAAGAACUCAGUGAAGAACGGAAAAAAUGGAUGGAGCAGCUGAAUGAGAAGGAGAGAGAGUUGGAGGAAGCCAGAAGCAGCUCGGAAGGAGAGGAAAAGGUGUGGUUUUGUAUAUUUUACAAAUAA